AUGAGCGACCAACAGCAAUCUCUCAACCAACUCCUACAAUGGGGUAUCAAGAACUCGGAUUCGUCCCGCGAGGCACAGCCAACAGAACAGCAACGAGAUCCAAACAAGGGCCUCAACUCCAAAAUGCUUGCUGAAUUACUCGGCGGCCCAUCGGACGCAGAUCGCAUGCGGGAAGCCAUGACCGCGAUCGUCGCACCCGUGGACCAAGUCGACCUCGAGAACAAGUCAAUAGCAUGGGACAAUUUCGAGCAACUCGUCGAGCAAAUCGACAACGCCAACAACAUGGAAUCAUUAGGGCUCUGGCAGCCCCUCGUACAGCAGCUCGACCAUGAUGAAGGAGAGAUGCGGAAAGGUGCGGCAGCGUGCCUGAACACCGCGGUACAGAACAACAUCAAGUGUCAGGAGCGGCUGUUGAGCCUUGGCGUCGUUCCGAAGCUCGCAAAGAUGGCUACAGACGACCCAAAUCAGGCAGUCAGAAAGAAGGCUAUUAGCGCGCUGAGCAGCCAGGUGAGGAAUUUCCAGCCAGGAAUGGAUGAGUUGGAGAAGAACUUACCGGACAACGUGUGGAAGAGCAAGAAGGGUGGCGUCGAUGCCGCUGAUAUGGAGGCUUGUGAUGAGUUGAUCCAGACAUUGAGAGAUCAGUCUACUGCGAGAGGCUAA